UUGUUUUGAUAAAUUUUCGGUGCAAUUAAAUUAAAAUCUUCAAAAAAUCGUAAAUUAAUUAACAAAAAAUCAUGUCCGAGGAGAUUCUCUUCGAUUAUUUACAUUCCGAGCUCGUCAAUUAUUGCGUGAAGGACAAGGAUAAUGAUCUCGCUGAACUCGAAUACAUCGGCUAUACCACUGGAUAUCGCAUAAUUGAGCGUCUCACACGAGAUUAUCCCCGUUUCAAGGACGAACUCGACACAAUGAAGUUCAUUUGCACGGAUUUCUGGUCGUCGAUCUACAAGAAACAAAUUGACAACUUGCGAACGAAUCAUCAGGGCGUUUAUGUGUUGCAAGAUAAUUCAUUCCGAUUUUUGAAUAAGCUUUCGACGGGUUCGCAGUAUUUGGAACACGCGCCGAAAUAUGUGGCGUUUACGUGUGGCAUGCUGCGAGGAAGUUUAGCGAAUUUGGGAAUUACUUCAAUUGUGACAGCGGAAGUUUCGGCAUUGCCAGCGUGUAAAUUUCACAUUCAAGUGUCAAGGGGAUAAAAAAAUAUUUUUAUUUUUUAAUAUUAAAAAAUUAAUUAAAGUUCAUCAAAAAAGUAUUUUUAUUUAGAUUU